AUUUUCGCGAACGUGAAACUCAGUAGUACGCUACCACUCACGCAUAUAGUAUCCACGUUCGCUCCACGUGUGGUUUCGCAACUUAAAGGAGGACGAGAACGAGCCUGGCUCGGUGGCAGCUGCAAAGAUCUUACAAUCGACCUGGUGCCAGAGGAGCUUAUUACGGGAUCGUAUAAAAUCCACCACCGAUUGAACGAGACUCGGCGAGAGAGCGUGCUCGGACUAGUGGGACUAACCUGGAUCGUUUCGACGGAGCAGAUCGACGGGCGAACAAGGCAAGAUCAUGGCGCGAACGCGAUGAUUCCCGCUUUAUCUUGUAGGAAAAAAGGAAUCGUAAUCACACUCGCGUAGAGGAGAGUAACAAAUUGUUCUCGUAAAAGGAAGAUCGAAAGAGGAACGUCUGGCACCAGGAAGAUCGAAUCGAACCGCGAAACUAUAUACGAUGCGUGAAGCUUCCGUUCGAUGAAGAUCGAGCUUGCGCAGAGCCGGAUAAAUGGAUCGAGAAAUUGGUCGAUCACCUCACCGGUUGUUUCAAAGCAGAAAUCGAAAAUGAAAAUACAUCCGUCGGCACGGACCGGACCGGGACAAGUUAUCUCCCCGAAUUCAAUCAACGAAUCUUGAUCGUCGACGGGGGACCCGAGGAGCAUCGUUUCGAGGAGCGACAAUCGACCAUCGACUCUGAUCGUAAUCGCCUUUGUCGCUUAAGAUGUCGUCGGGAACGGAGGUACACGGCGGCGAUACGAGUCCCAAGCGUCAACCAAGACAGAAUAGAAUUCACAGCGUCGGGUUGCCGGUUCACACAUCCCUGGUUCGGGAACCCUCGACCACGGGAAGCCCCGUUCCACUUCCGAUACCGCGUCGACACUCCGCUACGCCUACGGUAGCUCCGCCACCAAUACCGCUGCGGCCACCGGCGAUCCCCAAACGCAGCAAAAACGAGAAACCGAUCCCUAUACGAUUUCCGACGACGACGACGACGACGACGGGACAGAAAGGACAGGUUGAUCGAGGAAAACGAUCCAAUAACACGCGGACGCCACCGAACGACGCGAAACCCGCGCUUCCUACCUCCCGCGACGAUUUCGCCAAUGAAGAAUUGAUCGAUCUCGGCCCGUGUCGAACCCAGCGACAGGAACCGAAUCGGCCAAAAGCCAACUGUGAGAAUCGACAGUGUGCAUCGAACUCGGGUGGACCAGCGGAGAACAAGUUCGUGGCGGAUUUCGAUAAGCUCGGUUUCGCCAAUGAUUCACAAAAGUCGAACUUCGAACAGCUCCAAAAAGCUUCGCGCGACCUCGAGAAGAUACUGCACGAGAGAAUCGUGAAGAGUACCGCCGAGCCCGGACAAAGGCGAGCUUCGACGAACGCGCAAACUAAUGGGCUUCAAUCGUCGAAGAUGGGAAAAGAGGGCAACGUGGACAGCCGCGACGAUACUACGGACACGAAGUCUCGGGAGAAAAUAAUACCGCCCCGGGGAAAGGAGGCCCUACAGGAGGACGAGAACAAGUUUGCUGCUCUAAUGAAGAUGCGACGCGAGACGGAAAAGAGAUGCAAAUUCGAAGAGCUUCAGGCAGCAUCGAAGAAGCUCGAGACACGGCUUCACGAGGAAGACGGCGACGACGAGCAAGAGGAGGAAGAAGAGGAGGAGGUGCAGGAAGCGGAAGAGGAGAAGGCACCUUCUAGUCACGGAACGAACAAGGAGAAGCCCGUUGUCGACAGGUACGAGGAGCUUCGGAGAGCGUCGCAGGAGCUCGAGAGACGAUUGCGUUCCGAACAGAGAUCCACGGCAACGAUGCCGCGAGGAAAAUACGAGAUUGACACGGACAGGACUAGGAAUAUUCAGCAGCAGCAAAAUCUCCGAAAGGAAAGAACGUGCGAGAAAUUGGAGAAGCUGCCGAAAGCGACGCAGACGAACCUACCACCACCGUUGAGCGCGAUUUCUCAGAGUUCCAUGCCGAAACCAGUCAGCGUCAGACAGGACAGCAACGUCUCUUCGGAUAGUUUUAGUCAGACGAGUUCGCCAAGUUACACAAGCAAAACCAUGGAGGCCCCGCUUCUGCCCCACAAAUACGGAAAAGUUCCAGACAGAGCUUUAGUGCCGGAACCGGACAACGCAUCCGGCCGCACUAUCACCAAGUCAACCAGCACCCCGGCCAGCUUGCAGACGAUCGUCCGCGUACACGGUGGCAACAACGGUUCCCUUCGUCACAAGAUCAUUCGGGAUAUGACCAGCAGUCACUACGUGACUAACGGAAGGCUGCGGUUUAGAUUCGUGCAAGUACUUUUCAACGCCGUCGCGCUUUUGAUCAUCGCCGGAGGCCUCGCCAUUUAUGUCAGAUCGUACCCGGAGACGAUUAUAGGACCUGAGAACAAGCCGAUCUACGCGAACAAAAUCGCGUUCACCGAACGCGCUCCAGUUACGAUCGAAGAUAAGAAUCCAGCGCCGGGAGUGUGUCUACCUAUAAUCGUGACGUUCUGUCAAUAUCACAAGAUUCCGUACAAUUUCACCGUUUUCCCGAAUUACAUCGGCAAUUACGGGCAGCACGACGCUCAACAAGAGCUCGAGCUUUACGGGUCCGUGAUCAACGUCAGAUGCUACGAAUUGGCUGCCCUGUUUCUCUGUACCGUUUUUGUACCGAAGUGCGGUUCCCAGGGACACGACGUGCGACCCUGUCGUAGCCUCUGCUCCCAAACGAAGAGACGUUGCGGAUUUUUUCUGGGCGUGUUCGGUUUAAAUUUACUGGACUACCUGGAGUGUGAUCAGUUCCCCGAGAAUGCAAACCCGGACGAAUGCGUGGGUCAUCGGGAGGUGCAAGAGGCAGCUCGAAGAGCGGAAAAACCUGUAUGCACCAGUGGAUUCCAAUGCGACGAGAAUAUAUGCAUUCCGGUGGACUGGCGUUGCGACGGCCACGUGGAUUGCAAGGAUCGAACCGACGAAAAAGGCUGUGGCAAUUGCACCGCCUCUUCCUCCUCCUCUUCCAUCAGCCUCGCGUCUAAAAUAAUAAAAAAGCCGAUCCUGGCGAAGAACACGAACGUCGAAUCGGUAUUGCAUUGCGGGGAGAGGCGAUGCAUGUCGGCGAAUGACAUCUGUGACGGAGUGAUGAACUGUCCAUGGGGCCAGGACGAGAGAUAUUGUCUGAGACUGAGCCAGAGGAACGGAGACGUGGGCGAGGGAAGACUAGAAGUUUAUCAUGCGGAGAUGGGCAAAUUCAUGCCGGCCUGCGUAGCUUACUGGGACUCGAAUACUCCAAACGAUAUCUGUUCCAUGCUGGGAUACACGACGGCAGUUUCAUCAAGAUUAGAGCCACGAGACGCGAACGUCACUCGAGGAGCAGAGUUUAUGAAUCGACGGCGGACGAAUCUUCUAAAAGAUUUUCAGGAAUGCAUCACCGAUCAAGAACAAUAUCCGACCGCUGAAUUAACAUGCACGAAAUACGCCUGUGGACGAAGGAAAACGCUGUACGGGAAUUCGAAGGUGCAAACGAGAAUCGUGGGCGGCGUGGAGUCGGCUCCCGGGGAUUGGCCGUUCCUCGCGGCUGUUCUGGGAGGUCCCGAACAGAUUUUCUAUUGUGCCGGUGUUUUGAUCGCGGAUCAAUGGGUUCUGACAGCGUCCCAUUGCGUCGGGAAUCACACCGACGUUACGGGAUGGACGAUACAACUGGGAAUCACUAGAAGACACUCGCACACUUUCCUCGGUCAGAAGCUGAAGGUGAGAAGAGUGAUACCUCAUCCGAGCUACAAUCUGGGAAGCGAUCACGACAACGACGUCGCUCUUUUUCAGCUCGAGAGACGAGUCGAGUUUCACGAACAUCUACGGCCCGUUUGUCUGCCUUCGCCCCAUACCCAUCUCAUACCUGGGACGCUUUGCACCGUGAUCGGUUGGGGCAAGAAGAACGACAUCGACACUUCAGAAUACGAGCCAGCCGUGAACGAAGUUCAAGUUCCUGUUCUGAAGAGAGAGAUAUGCAGUCUUUGGCUGGAGCACUCGAGCAAACUGAACGUCACCGACGGUAUGAUAUGCGCUGGAUAUCCGGACGGAGGAAAAGACGCGUGUCAGGGUGAUUCCGGAGGUCCUCUGCUGUGCCAGGACGCAGCAGAUAAAGAGAAAUGGAUCGUCGGCGGUAUAGUAAGUUGGGGCAUAAAAUGCGCUCAUCCAAAACUGCCCGGAGUUUACGCUUACGUGCCGAAAUACGUGCCCUGGAUUCGACGCGAGAUGGAUAAAUAUUCCGACGUAAGUAUGGGUUAACCGGAUCAAUCUCGAAAUCUACGAGAAAGGACGCCUAAACGCGUCGUGUCCGUCGAAAAAACUCGUCCAUCGAGAAACGUGCGUAAACUGAACAAGCGAACGAACGAACGAACGAACUAUCUAUAGUUUGCCGACCAAAUAUGUGCGCACUUAACUGUGGUAUUGCUCCGAUUAGAUUAGUCCACGUCUACAGUCUACAAUCUACAUACAUUCAUGUAUACAAAUAGUAAUAUAACGUUACGUUCGCUCGUUCGCACGCGAAGAUUCCACUCAGCGCAUUACCGCGCAUAAAGACAAACCGAUUCGCAUCCAACGAUCGACUCGAUACGAGUUUCGUUGCAGAAUCGGUUAUAGACCUCGUCCUCCAGUUCCUCGUUCUCGGUUUAUCGGAAAUUACCUAUCGCUUUCUCCUUCUCAUAAAUGGAUAAGAACGCGAAAGCAAAAGUGAAAUAAAUGGAAACAUAUUACGAACGGCGAAAGCUCGAUCGUCGUUUUCGAUAAAUUUAACGACCGUUUUCGCUGGAAGAGUUUGCGCGUCAAGCAGAACUCCCAUCGACGUCGCCUGUAUAGCCGAAUGUACCGUAAGAAUAACAGGGAAGCAACAGGCUCAGAAUAUCGCAUUGAAUGCGAUGAAAAAGAUCCAGUUUUCUAUCGCCCUCGCAAUCACUGGUUUUUCGUAGAAAUACCACCUCACGCGAACCACAAAGUGGUAAACACAUAGGUAUCCAAUUCUAAACGUUUGAUCGAUGGGUGUGCGUUUCCUGUUCAUCGAUACAUAAUAACGUACAUACAGACGAUUAUCAAAUAUGAUCGAGAAUUAUGACAAUAAAGAAGAAGAAGAAGAAGACGAAGUAUACAUAACUUUUCAUAAUAUGCAAAGAGGAAGAUACAUGCCGUCGGGUCAGAGUAUGAAAUAUUGGAUUCGUUCUACCUUGGACAAUAACAUUAUAUGUAGAUACUUUUGUACGUAUUUUACAAACGCACACCCGUUUCACGGAGAAGAAACGUUAUGCACAAGGUGCAUCAGACGCAUCUGUGCAUUUAUAAUAAAACGUUUUUGUCUACGAUAAGUCAGUCACAGAUUAUUAUACGCAUAUAGUAAGUACGUAUACAGUGUAGAGCGAAGCAGUACCGACACUCUUUACGUACCGAUGUUUGUUAACGAGAGCAUAUAGAUCGUUAUAACAGGUUCAUGCACAUACCUAUGUUAAGUGUUUAGCAUUAUUUAGUCUAAUUUAUACGCGUGAACUACAUAAAUAUUAUUAUGUAUACGUGGAACGUGGAGUUUGUAAGUAGGUCCAUGGGAAAAGUGGUAGAAUAAGUAGAUAUUUACGACCGAAGCUGAGAUCGAACCGUCGUGUUCGAUCUACAGCCACCAACGGAUAUUUAGCUAUAGAUAUGUACAGUCGAAACGAGUAUUAAGUUGAAGCGUUUCAAAAUCGAAUAACUUAUUUAAUAUCGGACCAAACAACAGACUUGUCGAUGGGAUGCAAGGAGACUUAGUUUACUAUGAAAUAUUGGAGUGCCAAUAAAGUAAUUUCGGUUUUUAUAAUGCUAUGUAUUUGUAAAACCGAAAUUACUUUCUUGCCAACCCAACAUGUAAAAUAUGUUAAUUUUUAUUGAUCGAAAUCUGGGAGAAUGAUGUGAAUAUCGCGCUUUUAACUUUUUUUAUUAGCAUCUCUAAUAAACUAAUUUCUAAUACUUACUCAAAUCUACAAGCGGAUGUUCCCAAAUUUUAUUAGAGGUCCCAAUAAAAAAAAUUAAGACAGGCAGCGAUUAUAUCUUCUUCCGUGGUUUCAACCAAUAAACAUGAACGAAUUUUUUUACAUUUUGCAUAGUAAACAAAAUUUUGCAUCCCAUAGAAGUAUAUAUCGUUUGGUUGAUAUUAAAAAAAUUAUUUCAAUAUGGAGUGUGUUAACUUAAUAUCCGUUUCGACUGUAUCUAUCGACGCAUUAGUCGUCUGUGUUCGUACCCCGAAUACAAUUAUAUCCGCGAUAAAAGUAUUCGAGGCAUGAGAGAGACGCGAUAUACACGUAUACCGAUAGGUACCUAAUCGUGCACCGGAUAUAAACCGGUGCCGCUUGUAUAGCAACGUGUUAGCGCAACUGGUUAGUUUAUCGUGAAACGUUAAAUAGCUAAAUUAGACGCGCGUUGACUGAAUUCUAGGGACAAUAUUCUGCACCAGCACUUUUUUGAUCCGCACCCAGACGAGAAGAGAAAGAAGCAUAGUUUUUGAAAUGGACUAUACUCUGUACGCGAUACGUACGUACGUACGUACGUACGUACUUACACGUACAUACCUACAUAUAUCGUUUACGAGAGAAGAAAACUAGGAGCCUUAUUAAUUAAUCUAGACUUUUUCUAUAAAAACUUUUUCGAUAAGAAUAGCGGUAUUGUUGGUCCGGACAGUAAUCGAGCUCAUUCCUUGUUUCGAUCUUUCCUUUUCCCUAACACAUACACACACACACACAUAUAUAAACAAGCAGACAGACAGACACACACGCAUGCACACGCGUGCGCAUACACACACAUACGCGCGCGCGCGUUUUUUACUCUCCCUGUACGAAGCUUGUUUUUUACGUAAACAUUUUUAUAUCGUAGAAUCUCGUGAAGAACACGGUUUCGCGAAGAAGAAAAAAGUAAGAAAGACGCGUCUCUUCCCUUUUCCCAUUCCGAACUGAAAUCGUUUCCAGAAUUACCUAGCAUCGUCGACGGCAGGUACAUAAGUCUGACGCGCUUAUCCUAGCUUUUCGAUAAGCCGAACGAUUGAUUAUUUUUCGAAGGAAAUGCUCGCUUCUCAUCCCGAGGCCCCGAGACGCGUUAGUAAAGGACAAAAAGUCUUCCUUAGUAUCCAGACAACAGGUAGUCGUAAGCCAAGGAUAAUAUAGAAUUAAUAAUAACCGACAAUACUGUGUGAGCAGACAAUAAAUAAUACGUAUUAGGAAAUGUUCCAAAACGGACAAUAAAUUAUAGUUGGUAAGCGUUAGACUAGGUAAUGUUCCGUACAAUGAUGUAGGCGAUGAACCAGCCGAAAUGCAUGUGAUCGUUGUAGGCAUCUAAUCUAAUACGUAAAUACAUACGCGUAUCUCGCGUCGCGCGUUCCGACCGCGAUCGCUACCGUUCCUUGCUUCUGUAUCGUCAUAAUUUAAAAAUCCUUUUAUCUGCCGUUUUACCACCGUUGGAAGCUCGUGUCCUUUUUCGAACGAACCGAUUAAGGGUUCGAUCCGUUUAAGGACCGAUGUCGAAAAUCAAAUCGGACAAUCAAGAACGUCGCGUACGCGCAUAUUUUCGUGUACGUAUAAAACGUUUUUCCGAUCAGGAUUAGAAUAUUUUUCUAAAUGCGAAACGCUCCUUUUUUCAAUUUUAUUCGAUAAGGAGACGGCUCACGUUUUUUUGUUACGAUUUCUUAUUUUCUCGCAGUCGUUCCUGUAUCGUAAUCUACUAUGUACUAUGUAUGUACAGUCGUACCCGAAACGACGCGAUAUCUGAGAUUAUAUGCAAUUAUUACGAUAAAUGUAUAGGCAUACAUAUGUAUGUAUAGAGUGUACUAGCGACACGUAACGAGUACCUACCACCUAUCUAUCUAUCUCGUUACGAACACCUGUUUAUGAAUCGGUUUUUAGUUGGUGACGGUUUGUGCCAAAGAAGAGAAACAAAAAGAUAUUCCAUUUCUUUUCGUGGGAAACGUUUUCCACGGUGAAUUUGUAUAUAUUUUUUUUAUCGACGUGGACAGUGGGGCGUACGUUCAUCACUGGUACGCUGGAUGAACUAGAUAGACGUACGAGAGAAAACGCAGAGAUGCGUUUAGAUUUAGUGUAGAAGAAUUCGAUCGCAAGGGUCUUUGUUUCACCGGGUGAUUUUACAAGUUUUUUACUCGACGAACGUCCACAGGUCAAUAAUUAAAACGUAGUCAAUUUAGGAGUACAUAGUCGCGUAGAUGCGUAUCUACAUAAUUUCUUUGUAUUCUCCUUGGUUUAUCGUCCUAAGUACGACUCGAUCGAUCUCUCAAAGGCCUUUAAAUUCUGACAGAACGCGUGUAUACACAUGUAUGUACAUACGCUUGUAUGUACAGGAACAUCGAUCUUCUCGGUACAACUCACGGAGAGCGGGUAUUCGCGAUCCAUUUUUUAUUCGAAGAUCGACGGAAAUUGUUGCGCACAAAAUGCCUGUGUAUUUGUAUUCCCGAUCGUAAGGAUACGAGAAGGUACUCUCCUUUGGUUAAAGAGGAAAAAGACUCGUCGUUGUCGGAACCGUUUAUCGAAUAUAGAUCUAUCUGUAUGGCGAAACUACGUAACUAACUACUCCUGUAAAGUCAAUGUCGAUUAGCAAGAGGACACCGACGCAGGUCGGAAUACUUUGAUAAGCUUAAGUAAAAUUAAAAAGGAGGGGAAAGUAUCGACGAUAAGAUUAUUGUAUGCCUAUACCUAAACGCUGCUGCUGCGUCUAAGCGAACGAUUCACGUAUGUGCUUCAUCGAAAUAUCGAAUUAUAUCUCUGUUCCUCGAGAGGAAGAUCGCAAGGGCAGCCGUCGAAAAAUUAUCCGCCAGACUCUCUUAACGAAGUAACGGCAUUCUCGUGGUUCCACGUAAACCGUAGCAAGAAACAAAAAAAAUAUCAAUUAGAUACGUGUUAACGCACGUCUGAUUAAUCGCGCGCUAAACGAACUCAUUUACGCGUCACGCGUCUCUCCCCGCGUUUUAUUCGAUCGGGACCGAGUUACUCGAGUAUGCCGCGAAAAUAGAAAACAGCUGAGCCUCUAUUAACAACGUUAUGCAUAGAAUGCGAUGCAAAACCGACGAAAGACGAAAGCGGUUAGAUGAUAGAACGGAUGCAAGUAGUUGUUUGUUCUUAGCGCUUUCUUAGUGAAUUUGAGAAAAAAAGACCGAAAUGAAUGGAAACAAAUAAAACGCGGGGACGUUUAAAUGUGAUAGCUUGUUGUGCCCGGCACAAAUCCUAAUCGUACAAUCAAUGGUCGAUAUUACAUACAACGUGUCUACGUGUAUGCAAACAUAUAUUAUAUACGUACCUAUAUAGAUAUUAUUACAAAGAAAGGGAUGUGGCAUAACCGAUAAGUAACGAAGUAAGUGUACUCAGUCAACCGAGCAGCCGUCUCUUUCGACUCGAUUGAAUGGCGAACGAUGUUUGUGUAUGUUGUACACGUACGCGUAUUACGCAUAAUAAAUGCGCACGUGUAUUUGUAACGAGCGGAUUUACGGAUGCGUAGAGGCGAUGAAUCACGUUGGCUGGAAGAUAACGCGUAGAUAAACGUUUUACAGGUUCUGUGUCGCUGUGAUUAGUAUAUACAUACGUACAUAAACACGUAGAACUAGACCAGUGUCCUAUCGUUAAGCUAUAACUGUUAACUAAUCGUCACCGUUAACAAGGAACGGAGACAGUCAUUGCUAUUGAUCGCUCGAAUCGCUUGAUCAUUCGUUUUAUGCAUUGCAUUCGCACCUGCUUCGACACCGAUAGACGCUAGUCUCGGUAGAGGACGCGAAAUUCAAAUUAACGUAAUUUACGACCUCGGCAAAAAGAUUCCUCUUAACGAAUCCCGAACGUACCUAGUUUUCUCGGAAAUCCUUAUUGUUCAACCAUUUUCUACGUAGGCAUAGCGUGUAAGCUUCGUUCGUUCGAUUCUCGAAUUCCUACGCCCUACGGAGUAUCGGCGUGAUUCGUGCGUAAUCAAACGACCCAACUGACAGUCAAUUAAAAAGCUUAAAGAGUUUCUCCAAGCUUUCACUUACGACUGAUUUACAAAAGAUCGCGCGUUAAGGAGCGAAGAUCGAUUCGUCUCGUCGAGAAACAUCUACUUUCCGCUUGAUCAUCAACUUUUGACAGGCAUUCAUUUGCCAGAAGGCCAAGCUACUUAUGCGAAUAGAUUCGAUGCUUGCACUGCCUUUCAUCGUAAAAAAUGACUGUCUACCCACUUCCUAGCUCCUAGGUCCUCGUGUAGAUGUACAGCGUACAUAAAAUCGCUGCGUCGCGAUUAAAAUUAAAACCAUGUUUGGAGCAACUGACAAUGAACUAAGUACAUGCCGAAUAACAAAAUUACAAAAUAUAGGAUAUGACGCAGUCCACUCGCGUAUACACAGAGUGUUACAAUCUAUCUACUGGUGAACUCGAACGAAAGGGACGAGUUAUAGAAUUCGUUAAUUAGACGCGUGAUGCGAAAAGUCAACAUUUUGUACCCCUGCGUAGAUAGACAUGAAAUCUUCACGCGUACGGCGCGUGGCGUUUAGCACGAUAACGGUUGACAAUCGAUGAUAGAACACGCAUACAUAUUUAUUUACUUACCUCGGUUGCACUCGUGGUCAUCUGAGUCUGGCAUCGUAGAAAACUUGAUAUACACAACAAGCAAGCACAGGAAAAUCGGUUUACACGUUUCACGGAUAUUCACGCUACGAGUCACGCAUCGAAAUCGAAACACGAUCAACUAUCAAAACCUUCACUUACUUGUAGUUCUAGGACGAUCGAUCGUGAUUUAUAGUCGUCUGCCAUCUUGUCAACAACUACUACCAUAAACUGCCAUAAAGAUGCCUUGGCGCCACUAAUCGGUGCCGGCAGAAAUCAUCAUCGUCGCGGGGGGUACAUUAUACUAUUGUACUUGUACUUAUACAUACGUACGUCCGUGCAUCUUCUCGCGUCUCGCACUGUGCGUCACCCUUACGUUCACGUUUCGAAAUGCGUCUUGCAGCGAGAAGUUUGGCGACUUCGGCGCGGCGCGGCAGGCGAGGGACACGGAUGACUUGCGAUAAUUAGUAAACACGCUUCCCAUUGUGAUCAACAAUUGUUAUAUUCGUCGUGCUGUCGCGGUCGUGGUCUUCGUCGUACUAUCCACAAUGUAUUCGAUAAUACAUAUAUAUCGAUAUACAUCGCUGUCAUAGAGAUGCAUCUCAUUCGUCGAUCAUCAUCGAUUGAACAUCAUCGAUAAAUCAUAGAUUUCGAUUAACCAGCAUGGCCGUGCACCUUUUAACAAUGUGUCGCGUACAUUUUUUUGAAGAUAUUAUUCAUAGUGUAUGUGAAAUUUUCUUGAAAGUCAUGAAUCGUGCGAACACUCGUUUAUUGCUUAUUCGUUUACACAAGUGGUACAGUGGCAGAGAAAAUUUCUUGAUUGCUUUAUAAAGGAAGCAUCGAUGAUUCUUUUACACGAACAAAUCGUUAUCGGACCGGCUGUGCCCAGGUAAGGAAUAGUUCUUACGAUUUAUCAUCGUCUACGCUUUAACGUGUAUAGAUUGUCUAUCUAUCUAUGCAAGGGGAAAUGCCGAACUUUUCAAGUCACGUGUAACUUGUUAACGAAAUCUAAAGUAUGAUUCUAUCAUCGACGAUCCUCUUACAUUUCAUCCCUUUCGUUCCUGCACGGCUGUAGAUAGAUAAUAGAUAACCUAUUUAUAGAGGUACAUACGUACUUAGGUACACACGCACACGCAUACAUACACGUAUAUGGUAGUAAAUACAUAGGUAGGCUGCGAACUACAAAGAUGAAAUUGCACGUGACGCGAAAGACGAGCUCUCGCUGGCCGAGAGUCGUCACCGUCACUGGUGUGCAAAAUAAAAAUAUACAUACAUAUAUCUAAUUGUAAGAAAUGUCGAGCAAUGGUUAUCGCAAGAAUUUAUAACAGGACCGAACGCGUGCUACUACGACUCGACAAUAAUAUUAGUACGUUCUCUCUUCUUAUUUCACACAAAAAGAUAUCUCUUUUCAGGUAAAUUUCAAGUCCACCCAAAAGUUGUAUUCGUUAGGAGUUAUAUUAUACAAAGAGAACCGAUAUUUAGAUUUAAUGAUUGAAUUUUUACGUUUUCUUUACGGUUGUCUUAUCGCAAUAAGUUUCUGGUUUCAAAGAUGAUAUGUAAACGUAUUUAAAUCGCUAUAAGCGAUCGGGGAAAAUGUAUUUUUGCAGAUGGAACGAAUCGAUCGUCAUCCUCGAAGUACGAGAAUGCGAUCUGCGCGUUUGCACGCGCGAGAUCGAUGUGCUUCGUUGGCGUUUAGCAAAUUGCGAAAGCGGAUUGUAAUCUGCGAAAAUAAGUUUCUUAAGGUUCUUAUUGUUAGUCAGCGAGAGUGGUAGCGGUAGACACGUAAAGAAAAUCCGUGUGCGCUGUGAGCUCGUGGAACUUGAAUCGGUACAAAGAAUUCUAUUUAAAGAAAAAGAAAGCUAAACAGAAACGAAUGUACUCGUUGUAAGAGAAAAUUAUUAUAUCCAAGUAAAAACUAUGUAAGAUCUAUGAUGAAUCGAUAUAUAGAUAAUAUAUUUAUGGAAAAUUCGUGUUGACAAAUAAAAAUUAUGUAUUGACA